GAGAUCCGCAGUCAGCUGGUGGAGCAGUUCAAGUGCCUGGAGCAGCAGUCGGAGUCGCGGUUGGCCCUCCUCCAGGACCUGCAGGAGUUCUUCCGCAGGAAAGCUGAGAUCGAGCUGGAAUACUCCCGGAGCCUGGAGAAGCUGGCCGAGAGGUUCUCCUCCAAAAUCCGCACCGCCCGGGAGCAGCACCACUUCAAGAAGGAUCAGCAUCUCCUGUCCCCGGUGAACUGCUGGUAUCUGGUUCUGGCCCAGACACGGCGGGAAAGUAAAGACCACGCCACCUUGAAUGACCUCUUCCUCAACAACGUCAUUGUUCGCCUGUCACAUAUCAGCGAGGAUGUCAUCCGUCUCUUCAAAAAGAGUAAGGACAUCGGGCUGCAGAUGCAUGAAGAACUGGCGAAGGUCACCAAUGAACUUUAUACUGUGAUGAAGACGUACCACAUGUACCAUGCUGAAAGCAUCAAUGCAGAGAGCAAGCUGAAGGAUGCCGAAAAGCAGGAGGAGAAACAGUUUAGCAAAUCAGCGGACCUCGGGCCCAACGCCCUGCGGCAUGAAGACCGAGCUCAGAGACGGAGCUCUGUGAAGAAGAUUGAGAAGAUGAAGGAAAAGCGACAAGCCAAGUAUUCGGAGAACAAGCUGAAAUGCACUAAGGCCAGGAACGAGUACCUGCUCAACUUGGCGGCAACUAAUGGCUGCAUCAGCAAAUACUACAUCCAUGACGUGUCCGAUCUCAUAGAUUGCUGUGAUCUGGGCUUUCAUGCCAGCCUCGCCCGCACCUUCCGCACAUACCUCUCAGCUGAGUACAACCUGGAGACUUCCCGGCAUGAAGGCCUUGACAUCAUCGAGAAUGCUGUGGAUAAUCUGGAUGCUCGAAGUGACAAGCACAAAAUCAUGGACCUCUAUAACCAGGUCUUCUGCCCGCCACUGAAGUUUGACUUCCAGCCUCACAUGGGUGACGAGGUGUGUCAGGUGAGUGCUCAGCAGCCGGUACAGAUGGAACUCCUCGUGCGAUAUCACCAGCUGCAGUCACGUCUCACCACGCUGAAGAUUGAAAACGACGAGGUGAAGAAGACCUUAGAUGCCACCAUGCAGACCCUGCAGGACAUGCUGACCGUUGAGGACUUUGAUGUCUCUGAUGCCUUCCAGCACAGCCGCUCCACCGAGUCCAUCAAACUGGCCGCCUCGGAGACCUACAUGAGCAAACUGAACAUCUCCAAACGCAGAGCCAACCAGCAAGAGACGGAGAGCUUCUACUUCACGAAAUUCAAAGAAUAUCUGAAUGGAAGUAAUCUGAUCACCAAGCUGCAGGCCAAGCAUGACCUCCUGAAGCAGGCCCUGGGAGAAGGUGAGAGAUUGGCGCGUCUGUGUAUGACCAUGCCCCCGACUCUGCCCCCUAAGCCCCAGAAAAUGAGGAAGCCCCGGCCUCGCUCCCUUUAUAGCCAUAUGCUCUUUAAUGGGAAUAUGGAGCUCUUUAUCAAGGAUUCCGGUCAGGCGAUUCCUCUGGUGGUUGAAAGCUGCAUCCGAUACAUUAACUUGUAUGGUCUGCAGCAGCAGGGGAUAUUCCGAGUCCCCGGAUCUCAGGUCGAAGUCAAUGACAUCAAGAAUUCAUUUGAAAGAGGAGAGGACCCGCUGGUGGAGGACCACACCGAGAGGGACAUCAACUCUGUGGCCGGGGUACUGAAGCUCUACUUCCGGGGUCUGGAGAAUCCGCUCUUUCCCAAGGAAAGAUUUCAAGACUUGAUAUCUACUAUUAAGAUAGAGAAUUCGGCAGAGAGGGUUCACCACAUCCGACAGAUCCUCAUCACUUUACCCCGGGCCGUCCUGGUGGUCAUGAGAUAUCUAUUCGCUUUCCUCAACCACUUGUCCCAGUAUAGUGAUGAGAAUAUGAUGGACCCGUACAAUCUGGCCAUCUGCUUCGGACCAACGCUGAUGCCCAUUCCAGAUGGACAAGACCCUGUGUCCUGCCAAGCACACGUCAACGAGGUCAUCAAAAGCAUCAUCGUCAACCACGAGUCCAUCUUCCCCAGCCACCGGGAACUGGAGGGGCCCGUCUACGAGAAGUGCAUGACGGUGGACGUGGAGUACUGUGACAGCCCGCACAGUGAGCCAGGCGCCAUUGAAGAAGGGGACCAUGAUAACGGUACUGAGCCUCACACAAGUGACGAAGAGGUGGAGCAGAUUGAAGCCAUCGCUAAGUUCGACUACUCGGGACGCACACCUCGAGAAUUGUCCUUUAAAAAAGGGGCGUCCCUGCUCCUCUACCACCGAGCAUCGGAGGACUGGUGGGAAGGCCGGCACAAUGGGGUGGACGGUCUGAUACCCCACCAGUAUAUCGUGGUCCAGGAUCUCGAUGACGCCUUCUCAGACAACCUGAGCCAAAAAGCGGACAGCGAGGCAAGCAGCGGGCCACUCCUGGAUGAUAAAUCCUCAUCCAAGAAUGACAUCCAGUCACCCACCGAGCACCUACCAGAGUACAACUUUGCUGGGGUCUUGGGCAGGGUUAGACUCCGUUCCGAUGGAGCUGCCAUACCACGCCGGAGAAGUGGAGGUGAAAACCAUAGCCCACCCCGGCCUCUUGGCCCAUGCAUUGACACCCCUCCCCGCGCGGCUGCCUGUCCCAGCAGUCCCCACAAGUUGUCCCUGAGCCGCGGACGUGUGGACAGCCCUGAAAAGCGCAGGAUGGCGACAUUUGGAAGUGCUGGGAGUAUCAAUUAUCCCGAACGGAAGGGACUGGCUGAUGGGAUAUGCCUGCGUUCUGUGACUGGAGGCACGAGGCACAGCAGCCUUGGAGACCACAAAUCCCUGGAGGCAGAGGCUCUGGCUGAGGACAUUGAGAAGACAAUGAGCACAGCCCUGAAUGAACUACGUGAACUGGAACGUCAGAAUACGGCUAAACAAGCACCAGAUGUUGUCCUGGACACUCUAGAACCCAUGAAGAAUCCUACACUUGGAACCCCAAAUUCUGAGCCAGUCAGUCCCCUGCACACCAUCAUGAUACGGGAUCCCGAUGCUGCAAUGCGGAGGAGCAACUCUUCCAAUACCGAAAUGAUGACCACUUUCAAGCCAGCGUUGUCUGCUCGCCUGGCUGGAUCCCAGCUCAGGCCUCCACCGGUAAGGCCAGCCCGGCCGAUGGUCCAGCACCGAUCUAGUAGCAGUAGUAGUUCUGGGAUGGGAAGUCCAGCCCUUACCCUACGGAAAAAAUAUUUCCCAGCAAUUCUUCGGAAAAGUCGGGGACCAUGUGAUCAUCUCUACUGGGCCUUAUUGGGAAUCCAUUAUGGCAAAGUCCAGUAUGUGUGUCAAGGGAGGACACUCUCUGGAAUUUAUACCCAUCAAACUCCUCCACUUAUCCUGGAGGAUUCUCUUGAUCACCUCUCAUAG